CGCGAGAGGAUAGGCAUAUUCCGUGGCUGCUCCAGCUUCAACCAUGUAAAGUGACUAGUAAAUGAGCUAUCCAGAAGCAUACCGAAAGUACCUUUAUUCAGCAUUAAAGCGACCACCUACAGUCAACUUUUUGUAAGUUAUAUUAAUGACGCACUAUAAGCUAGCUAACAAGUCUCUUAGCAGUUUUUUUGAGUGUUCAAGAAAGACACACCGAAUAACUCACCGCUCAAGUGUUCAAAUUAUGUCAUCUGCACUUGAAAGACCAAUCAACACUGACAGCGCUAAGCCCGCAGAAGACCGCUGGUCAGUGAGCUAUGUGACCGGGGACCUGUUCUCCUGCCCCAGGGACGAGGCUCUGGCCCACUGCAUCAGUGAGGACUGCCGCAUGGGGGCAGGCAUAGCAGUGAUGUUCAAGAAGAAAUUCAAAGGGGUAGAGGAGCUAAAGGAGCAGAAAAAGCUGACAGGAGAGUGCGCUGUUCUAAAAAGAGAGAGUCGUUUCGUCUACUAUCUGAUUACAAAGAAAAAGGCCAGCCAAAAGCCCACCUAUGACAGCCUGGCACAAAGCCUGGAGAACAUGAGGUCACACUGUGAAAGUAACAGUGUAACCAGAAUAUCAAUGCCUCGUAUUGGUUGUGGCCUGGAUAAACUGCAGUGGAAAAAAGUGGCAGAGAUACUGGAGCAGAUCUUCAAACCCACAAACAUCUCCAUCACAGUCUACAGCCUCCCCGAGAGACCAGAGAGCAAAGUGAUGAAGGACAACAUGCUCAGAUGAUUGAUUGAAAAGUUAGUUUAUUGACAUCAAAAUGCAGUUUUAUGUUCUUGUUCCACAUGUUGCCAUUUUUCAGUGGACAAUUGUAUAGAAAACUUGAAAAUAAAUGUUUUUUUGCACUUCAAAA